AUGCAUGAUUUGGUCGCUGUUGUAGAAUGUCUUUCCACUUGCUUAACUCCCAUUUUGCAGUGUGUGGAGAGGAAUGUUGAGCUUAUUUCCUGCUUUGAGGCAGUAAGGCAGCUUAGUAUUAAAAUUGAUUCUACUCCUCCGAAGGUAUGUGUUGGUGCUGAGGACGGAAGAAACGUUAAAAACAGUUUGUGUAGGCGGGACGAUAUUGCAGAGCAAAUUAAUUUUUAUACUCAAACUGAGCUUGCACACAUAUUCGAGCAACCUAAGGUGCUGAAAUCAUUUGCACGGCGAGAAGCAGAGCGCGUGGAAGACCUCUUAAAGGAUUCGCAAUCUAUCAUGAAGUAUGAUCGAUUUCAAGUAGUUAUGAAUGGACUGAUGGAAGCUGUAAAGGCCGUUCUUCAGUUCUUUCCUGACAAAACAUUACCGAUCUGUGUGAGCCGAUGGAAGGUGGCACUCGUCCAGUCGCUGUCAUUUUGUAACCGACUUGAGUUAUUUGAAAAGCAUUCUGGCUGCAGUUAG